AAAAGUCCGAAAACGAAACUGCCGAUUUAGAGAACCGGAUCAUUCUGAACAUAAAUGUAUAUGCAUAUUGAUGACAGGCUUCACACUUUUUUUUCAGCACUUUAAGCUGUGCGUUCCACAUUGCAGCAUUCUCUAUGCAACCCCGUCUAAUAUCGGUGCGAGAACUGGACUUCAGGAAAGCCACGCUGAAAGUUUAAAGUUCGAAUCAGUCCGUCCCAUCUUGAAUUUUGCCGUAGGAAUGCGGAAAUUAAUGCACUUAAUUGUUAUCUCCUGCCAGCGUAUAGUGUUUAAUCUGUGAUCUUCUCCAGCAAAGGAGUCUUCGGUCGUGUAAAAGUUGUUUUGUCUUCUCAAAAUACAUAAAAAACUGAUUAAUAUUUGUGUCGUGUCUGCUCAAGUGGUAGCUUGUUUCAAAAAUUAGUGAAUAAAUCAGUGGUGCCUGCGCGGAUGAUUAAAUUCCCCACAAAAGCGUGUAACUUCAGGUGCGACAAAAGAAAACAUUAAAUCAUACAAUCUACAACGCCUUACAAUCAAAAAUGUUCUUCUAACUCAUAUGUGCAAUACGAAGUGUGCCUCUUAAAAUUCUUGAAUUUCAUUGGUUCGGAUUCGGACAAGCGCGCAGAGAUUCACCAUGAUUCUAAAUUACGGCGUCGUUCUUACACUUCCUCUUCUAGUUGUCCUCUUGCCGUCUCUACAAGGAGUAGACAGUAUAAACUGUUUCCAGUGCAAUUCCAUGGUUGAUUUAGACUGUCCCUACAUUCAGCCAAAUCAGACUAGCAGUAUCUAUUACAGGCCUUGCAUAGGAGAUUUCAAAGGAAGACAACCAUUCUGCCGAAAAAUAGAACAGAAAAUUUUCGAACGGGACGAUAUGGUGCGAGUAGUGCGGAAAUGUGGCUGGCAGCGACAUGACAAGCUAGACUGCUACUCGACCGGCAACGAAGACCACACAGAAACGAUCUGUCAGUGUUUCAGCGACGCCUGCAAUGGCGCCGAUACCUCCAGUUUUUCUUCCUACAAAAUUUUCACGGCACUUCUGGUCGCGUUGACCGUCAGCCUCAGGAGGUCUCUUUAAACCCCUUUCUCUAUAAUUCCAUGGCAAAGUUUUAAAAGGCACAAACUGGACGGAACGAAUAUACUCAACAAUGUCUUUCGUGGACGGAAAUGUUUACAACACACAACAUAUUUUGAUCAUUGAGGAUUUAGCAGUCACACUAAUAGCCUACACAAUAAAAUGACUAAAAAAAUAUGGAAAGUAUAAAAGUAAACAGUGAUUUAAAAAAAAAAGAAUAUUCUACAACUUGAAUUAAAAGAAACACAGAGUGCAUUAGUAGGUAAAUGUUCACCUGUGCUGUCAGAUCUACAUAUUUCACUGCAAAUUUAUGGUAACACGUUUUCAGGGUAUUAUUUCACUCAGUAUGUUUUUAAAUGGAAACAAAACUUGACUCUUAAGGAUUAAAUACAAUUUUGCAGUUUUGGAAAAAUGUAAUGAUGAACGUAAAUAUUCGUAUGUUUUGAUAAAAUCUCAUCAGAGCAAUUUAAUACCUACUUUAAAAAUGGGCGCUUAUAAACUGCUGAAACAAUAAAUUACCGUUUGUAGAAUUGUA